AUGCCACAAGAAUUCAAGAAAGCUUAUCAAACAGUCGACCCAGCAGGACAUGGAAUUCCAACUGAAGGCUUGAAUGACAGAGCGAUGGGCCAACGUGCAGCAGGAAUUGCUGGAACUACUUCAUCCACUACUGAUCAACCUGGUCCCCUUGACGAUAGAACUCACGAAGACAAGUAUGCGGAUGCACAAGCCACUGCUCAAGUAAACAAAGGUGGUAACAACGUUGAGCCAACGCCACAACAACAACGUGAUAUUGAAGCAAUGAAUGAACGAAUUUUUAAUGUUUAA